AAGCAGGCAAUAAUCGAGUUCUAUAUUGCCGAUAGUUUUGUAUCGGCAUUGUAUUUGAAUUUCAUAUUUUUAAAGGCGCAAAGUGAGAAAUGGAUGUUUCAGUUAGCGGAAAGUUACCAGCUACUCAAAGUGCUGCUCAAGGAGGAUCAUCUGCUGAGGGUAUAGCUCCCGUUUUCCUUAAACAAAUUCUUUUGUCACCAGAGGGACAUUUUCAAAUGUUCGGAAUGACAUUUGGAAUGGUUUCAUGCGUUUGCAUUGUUCGAUCAAUUGAAAUAUCGUCAACCAAAAUAAGUUACACUUUGGAAGAUCAAUCUGGUCAAAUAGAGGCACAUUAUUGGUUGGAAGAAGGUGAUACAUCAAAAGCUCCCGAUGUGAUGCUAAACAAUUAUGUCAAACUAUACGGAAGUGUUCGAACUCAGGGGUCUCAAAAAAUGUUGAUGGUUUUUAAAAUGUUUGCUGUUAUGAAUGCAAACGAAAUUAAUACUCAUAUAUUGGAGGUACUUAAUGCCAGAUAUAAAUCUGAAGAGUUUGCCACAAAAAGAGCAGAUAACGGAAUGGGUGGAAAUGUGGGAGCAGUUGGUUUCAGCCCAAAUGAUGGUGGUGGUAACUACCUUGGUCUGGAAGCGAAGCAGCUGGCGGUACUACAAGCUGUUAAAAAUAAUAUAACUACAGAAGGAAUCGGAAGGAAGGAAUUGCAACAAAAAUUUAGCCAAACCAGUGCCAAUGAGAUUAACACCAUUAUUGAGUUUCUGAUAUCUGAAGGCCACAUAUAUUCCAGUUUUGAUGCAGAUCACUUUGUUAGUUCUGAAUAAACUUUUUAUUUUGAAAUGGUUAAAUAUUUAUAUAAUAAUUCGUAAAUA